UCGCUGUCUCCAAAAGACUUUGCUUUUCAAAGCAAAGGCCUUUCUUGGUUACAAGCCCUUGGAAAUACAGCGCAGAAAUACAAUGGAGGCCAGAGAAGAACGCUUUCUUAAACAAAGGCAAGUCUUGCUUCUCUUUGUUUUUCUGGGUGGGUCUCUUGCUGGGUCCGGGUCUAAGCGCUAUUCUGUGGCCGAGGAAAAAGAGAGGGGCUUUGUAAUAGCCAAUCUAGAGAAGGAUCUGGGGCUUAGUGUAGAAGAACUGGCUAAAAGGAGAGCUCAAGCUAUCUCCAAAGGGAACAUACAGUAUUUUCAGCUCAGUCAUCAGACUGGAGAUUUGCUCUUGGUUGAGAGAUUGGACAGGGAGGAGCUUUGCGGCUCGACAGAGCCUUGUGUGCUGCACUUUCAGAUAUUGCUGCAUAAUCCUUUGCAGUUUAUUACAAAUGAGCUCGAGGUCAUAGAUGUAAAUGACCAUGCCCCGGAGUUCUUUGAAAACGCAAUGCAGCUGAAAGUCCUAGAAAGCUCCCCGCCUGGGACAGUGAUUCCUUUGGGAAAUGCUGUAGACUUGGAUGUGGGAAGAAACGGACUCCAGAACUACACGAUCUUUCCCAAGUCACAUUUUCGUGUUCACACCCGUCAUCGUAGAGAUGGAAGAAAGUAUCCAGAGCUAGUUCUAGACAGAGCUCUGGAUCGGGAAGAGCAGCCGGAGCUCAGCUUAACUCUCACAGCGCUGGAUGGAGGAUCCCCGCCUCGUUCUGGAACUACCCAGGUCCACAUCCUGGUCUUAGACAUCAAUGAUAAUGCCCCAGAGUUUACACAGUCACUCUAUGAGGUUCAAAUUUUAGAGAAAAGCCCUGUUGGCUCUGUCAUUACCACUGUCUCUGCUUCUGACUUAGAUAUGGAAAAUUUUGGUGCGAUAUCAUACGAAUUUUUUCAUGCUUCUGAAGAAAUUCUCAAAACGUUUCAACUAAACCCCACUACUGGUAAUAUACAACUACUUAAGGGUUUGGAUUAUGAAACAAUUAAUACUUAUGAGGUUGACAUAGAGGCCAAGGAUGGUGGAGGCCUUUCAGGGAAAUGCACAGUUAUAGUUCAGGUACUUGAUGUGAACGAUAACCCACCAGAACUGACACUGUCAUCAGUUAACAGUCUUAUCCCCGAGAAUUCGGCAGAGACUGUGGUGGCUGUAUUCAGUGUUUCCGAUUCAGACUCUGGAGAUAAUGGAAGAGUGAUAUGUUUCAUCCAGAACGAUCUCCCCUUCAUCCUGAAGCCGUCUGUAGAGAACUUCUAUACUCUAGCAUCUGAAGGAGUUUUGGACAGAGAGAGCAGAGCUGAGUACAACAUCACCAUCACGGUCUCAGACCUGGGCACACCCAGACUCACAACCCAGCACACCAUAACAGUGCAGGUGUCUGACAUCAACGACAACGCCCCUGUCUUCACCCAAACCUCCUACACCAUGUUCAUCCGCGAGAACAACAGCCCUGCCCUGCACAUAGGCACCAUCAGUGCCACAGACUCAGACUCAGGCUCCAAUGCCCUCAUCACCUACUCGCUGCUGCCGCCUCACGACCCACAUCUGGCCCUCGACUCGCUGGUCUCCAUCAACUCCGACAACGGACAGUUGUUUGCGCUCAGGGCACUGGACUAUGAGACCCUGCAGGCUUUCGAGUUCCGCGUGGGCGCCACGGACCGAGGCUCACCCGCGCUCAGCAGCCAGGCUCUGGUGCGUGUGGUGGUGCUGGAUGACAAUGACAAUUCGCCCUUUGUACUCUACCCGCUGCAGAACGCCUCUGCGCCCUGCACUGAGCUGCUGCCCAGGGCUGCGGAACCUGGCUACCUGGUCACCAAGGUGGUGGCAGUGGACCGCGACUCUGGCCAGAAUGCCUGGCUGUCGUUCCAGCUGCUCAAGGCCACGGAGCCCGGGCUGUUCAGUGUAUGGGCACACAAUGGCGAAGUGCGCACCACCAGGCUACUGAGUGAGCGCGAUGUGCCCAAGCACAGGCUACUGCUGCUGGUCAAGGACAAUGGUGAUCCUCCACGCUCUGCCAGUGUCACUCUUAAUGUGCUGCUGGUAGACGGCUUCUCUCAACCCUAUCUGCCCUUGCCUGAAGUGGCGCGAGACUCCAUGCAAAACGACGUGGACUUGCUCACAUUGUACUUAGUCAUCGCCUUGGCAUCUGUGUCUUCGCUCUUCCUCUUGUCUGUGGUGCUGUUUGUUGGGGUGAGACUGUGCAGGAGGGCCAGGGCAGCUUCUAUGAGUGGCUGCUCUGUGUCUGAGGGACACUUUCCUGGCCACCUGGUAGACGUCGGCGGUAUGGGGACCCUGUCUCAGAGCUACCAGUAUGAGGUGUGUCUGACAGGAGAUUCUAGGACCGGUGAGUUCAAAUUCCUGAAUCCAGUGGUUCCAAACCUGUUUCUGGAAGAAUCUGAGGAAGUUGAGGAAAGUCCCUACUGUAGGAGUAGCUUUGUAGUCAGCUAAGGACUGUAAAUGGCUCAUCAUCUCUCAGUUCUGGUAAACUUCUUAUUCUAAUUAUUCUUUU